AACAUUAUGACAAUGAACCUGAACUUACUGAUGAAUGUAUUGAAGACAAUUAUAACUUGCAACAAAUGCAUAUUAACUCUAUGCUAAACAAUGUGUUAGAUGAUAAAAUUCAAGAAGCUUGGCAUGUAGUUAGACUUACAG